CAGUGGAGCCUGUGGGCUCUGUAGGGUUGGGUGUGGCACCAUAGGGCACACUGGGUAGCGUAGUGGUGUGUGCAGAGCGUGGGAUGCCACAGGGAGAGGGAGCGUUUGUGACAAAGGGGCUGUGGGAAAUCAGUGCUGCUAGGCCUGCAUGUGAGAGAUGAGUCCAUCUUGGUGCCUGUGCAUGAACAGGUGCCGUGCUUGCCUGGCCCCCGUUACAUCUUAACUUCCUCCCCUGGCUUCACGUGGCUGGUUGUGCCCUGUGUUGCCCUCUGAGAAGAGGCACAGAUUAACCGUGUGUAGCUAUGCCCGAACUUGGGACAACGUUUUUCUCUUGUCAUAUGUGGGAUCCAGAUUGUUCUGGGAUAGAUAAGCUGCCUGUGUUUCAUAAUUAUAAGUGUCUCUGAAAUGGGAGACUGCAGGGUUGCCGCAGCAAUUGCUUUUCCUGUCAUCUGAGUGGUGAAUGAGAGAUUGAGGGUGAGAGAGAGAGAGAGUGUAUCCCUGGAGGGGCAUGAACAUAGAAAGAAGGUGGAAUUUGGCCUGCGUCUGUCAGUUGUGUUUCAUGGAGCUGUUGAUAAAUCUCUUUGACCACCAGCUCUUCUUGGAAAUUGCAUGCUUUCCCUCCAGCCAAAUGCGCCUGUUGUUUUAAUAGACGCUGGCCCCUCUUCUGUCUUGAGGAUCCUGAUUCAAGAUUUUGGCCUCUGUGCUUAGUAAAGGCAAUGCAUUCAAUACUAGAGAGAGAGGUUCUCAUGUCAGCCUGCAUGGGCCCCUCUAGGCUAAUGCUGUGAUCCAUGGAACCCAUUUCCUGGUGGCUUGUGGAAUGAAAUGUUCUGAGAGCAAAGCAUGAAAUGAGGGGUGGGGACCUGGGUCUAUCAGAAGGCUGCGGUCUGCAGAAUACAGAAGUGAGAGAACCAUUUACUCCAGGGGGUUGGAGGAACAGUUUACUCAGCUGGAGGAACAGUUACCCUGACAUGAACCCUUUAUGGCAAGGGGGAUAGCUUGGAGUUAUGGGAGGAAGGAUGUGUGCGCUUUCCAAUAGCAGAAUGGGGUUAACAAAGCUGCUGUUGAGUAAGAGGCCGUGUAUGAGUCUUACAGCUAGCAGUGGAUGGGGAGGGUCAGUGAAGAACCUUGCUCUCCCAGUUCUGAAUGUUUCGAUCCCUGUUGAUUUCACCUAGCAGUCAGUCUGUUGCAGGGUGGUGAUUUCUGCUAAAAUCCCAUGAAUCCUCAUUUCUUAAAACUAAACUCAGGUGACAUUUCUCUUUCACCAGGGUUUAUUGAGACUGAGUGGGGAGAAAAGCCUUGAUGAAGAACCAAGGUGGGGAGAACAAAGCUGCUCUGCUGCCUGCUAGUCCUCCCAAAAUGAACAGCAAUCUGGUGCUAGAGGAAGGAGACUUAGCCGAGGCUGCAGCACCCCCUGAAGCUGGGGACUCCCCAAGCCAGUCCAGGACAUGCAACUCUGAGCCUUCUGCUGCUGGCAAUGCUGAGAGCCUGACCAGUGAGGAGCAGGAUAAGAAUGAGGCUUCUCGUGUGGAGGAGGAGAUAAAAUCCUCCCAGCCUGCCAUGUGUGAUGUCUCUGAAGAGCUGAGCAGGCAGCUGGAGGACAUCUUGAACACAUACUGUGUGGAUGCCAGCCAGGAAGGUCCAGGAGAUGAUGGUGGGCAGAGCGAGCCCGCGGAGCCAGACGAAGCAGACAAGUGCCGGAGCGAAUCCCCCAGGAACGGCGAGCAGGAGCCAGGCUGCCCUGAGAUGAAUGGAGAAAAGGAGGGCUCCAAGGGGACCGAGGAGUUCCGAGCCAAUGACGAGUGUGGGGACCGUGAUCAGAAACGGGCCCAGGAGAAGAAGAAAGCCAAGGGUCUCGGCAAGGAGAUCACUUUGCUGAUGCAGACGCUGAACACGCUGAGCACCCCAGAGGAGAAGCUGGCAGCACUGUGCAAGAAAUACGCUGAGCUGCUGGAAGAGCACAGGAACUCCCAGAAGCAGAUGAAGAUCCUGCAGAAGAAGCAGACUCAGCUGGUGCAGGAGAAGGACCAUCUGAGGAGUGAACAUAGCAAGGCCAUCCUGGCCCGCAGCAAGCUGGAGAGCUUGUGCCGUGAGCUCCAGAGACACAACCGCACCCUCAAGGAGGAAGGCGUCCAGCGCGCACGGGAGGAGGAGGAGAAGCGGAAGGAAGUGACGUCCCAUUUCCAGGUGACGCUGAAUGACAUCCAGCUGCAGAUGGAGCAGCACAACGAGCGGAACUCCAAGCUGCGCCAGGAGAACAUGGAGCUGGCAGAGAGGCUGAAAAAACUCAUUGAGCAGUACGAGCUGCGGGAGGAGCAUAUCGAUAAGGUGUUCAAACACAAGGACUUGCAGCAGCAGCUGGUGGAUGCCAAGCUCCAGCAGGCCCAGGAGAUGCUGAAGGAGGCAGAGGAGAGACACCAGCGGGAGAAGGAUUUCCUGCUGAAAGAGGCCGUGGAGUCUCAGAGAAUGUGUGAGCUGAUGAAGCAGCAGGAGACACAUCUCAAGCAGCAGCUGGCCCUCUACACAGAGAAGUUUGAGGAGUUUCAGAACACGCUUUCCAAAAGCAGUGAGGUGUUCACUACAUUCAAACAGGAGAUGGAAAAGAUGACAAAAAAGAUCAAGAAGCUGGAGAAAGAGACCACUGUGUAUCGGUCUCGCUGGGAAAGCAGCAACAAGGCUCUGCUGGAGAUGGCCGAGGAGAAAACCCUUCGGGACAAGGAGCUGGAAGGGCUUCAGGUGAAAAUCCAGCGCCUGGAGAAGCUGUGCCGAGCCCUGCAGACCGAGCGCAAUGACCUAAACAAGAAGGUGCAGGACCUGUGUGCCCAUACGCCCCAGGCCGAAGCAGACACGCUGGAAGCCCUAAAGGACCCAUCUCGAGACAGCUUUGGUGAGCCAGCACUAGGGGGCGCUGUAGCACAGCAGUGCCCCAGGGAGGAUUGUCUUCGCUCAGCAAAGCCGAUGCACUGCACAGAACCUGCGGAGAACCCCGGAGAACUGAGCAUAGGAGCUUUGGGUUAGGCUGGGACUGAGGAAUGCUCUCGCUGUGCUGACUAAGCCCUUGGAUCAGCAGGUGGAGAUAGGGGAAGGGAUGGUAACAUAUGAAUGGUUCCACAGACUGAUCUAAUGUCCUUUCCUUAGUCCCGGGACUGGGGGCUUUGAGAUUUUCCAGUUUAGGCUUUUGGAGAUUUUUUUUUUAAUAUAUACAUAUAUAUGAUAUAUAAAACGAUGUGCAGGGCAACAUACACUUUUAUAUAUGAAUAUAUAUAAACUAGAUUGACCCACUUCCCUGCGUGUGCGUGGAUAUCUAAUACACGGAUUUUCAACUGAUUGGCCCUUUUGCUAAAAGACCUUGUUAGUGGUGGGCUGUGAUGCCCUUUUAAAAGCUAGUGCAGCCCAGGGGGCCAGAUGGGUGAACCGUCUCCAGUCCCUCCCGCCAGCUCAUAGCAUCCAAACAACUGGAAAUGUCACGAGCGCGGUCUGCAGCCGUUCUGCUUUCAACGUGACUUUAAACCAGAGAGUGGAAAUGGGGAGAAUUUGAAGCAUUUCUCAGCCUUGGAUUCUCCUUUUUCUCCUUCCUGGUUUAAAUCCGACCUGGCUGUAGGCAGACUGCUGGGGUGUGCUGGCUUAUUUUUUCCUGGUUAGCACUUUCUCUUUCCCUUAGAAGAAGGAGGGAAGAGGCUGUUUUUCUUUGUCAUACAGUCCAUGUAUUGUAUGGGAGCAAAAGGAAAUGGAGAAACAGUGGGGGUCUUGGACACAUCAGAAAGCCCCCUAGUGGCCGUCCCUCUGGGCCUUUGAUAUUUCCAGAACCUGCUGAUGUCUCAAUAGCCUUAUAAUUCACAGUUGCCUCUAUGCUAUACGCACACAUGCACAAGUGUAUUAAAGAGUUAAUCCAAAGGUCUACUUCCUACUUGUUUUGCACAUGAAUACCGUGAGGGGGUGAGGAGGUCCUCCAGGUUAUUGUCUAGAUUCCUUUCCCUGUGGAAGGGCCUCUGUGCUGCCCCACGGUAGGUGUUUACAAAGCAGUGGUUCCAUAAAGACAAAACCUCAGCUUUCUCCUUGGCUGAAUAGUUGGGCCCAUGAGCAAUGUGCUCUGGGCUGAGCCCCUGAGAAGGGAGCUAUGUCCACACGGAUAUUCUACUGGCUGGGACGUGCUGCUGCUCCAGUGCUCUGGCAGGCUCCUUUUGACUUUGUCAUAACAGCACCUCAUUCACAAGUACCCUUCCCCAGUAACAUACCCAUCUGACCGUCUUCCUGGCUGUCAGACUGACAGCUGCUCUGCAGGGAAAAAUUGCUGAGAGAAAUGGAUGCAUGCAAUCUCUCCCUUCAGCAGAGUGUGAGAGAAGCACACGAUUUGUCCAUCCAGUCAGGCCCAUGAGAUGGGGAAUCUGCUGCUUUAACAGGUCCUUAUGGGGGCAAAAUCCCACUGACUUCAGUUUGGGAGUCUUGCCUGAGCAAGGACUUCUGGGUUUGGCCCUCAGAUAACCAUUUCUCUAAACUCCUCCACUCAUGUAAAUCUCCCCAUUUUGGGGGGCAGUCCUCUGGUAGUUUUGAAGCAGGCCUCACUAAAACUUUAGUUCACGAUAUACUUUAUUUUCAGUACCAUCCUCCUUUGCUUAAAACCAAACAUGAUCUGCUCAAGUAAAUUUCAGUCACUCUCUGCUCUGUUAUCUUUCUUGGACUGGACCCGUUUGGUGGGGAACUUUAAUUUUUCUUCCCACUGUUUCUCUUCUGGCAACACUGCUUAGCAGCUUCUCUCUGGGCAGCUACACAGGGCCUUGUAAACCAUCCACAGUGCUGUUUUGGGGAUCAGCCAGCAGAAGGUGCUACUGUACACUCGUCCUGUCUCCACUUGAGUUCAAACAGUAUUGACAAUAUGACUUUUCCGGUUAAUGCAGUAAGUCUGUAGUGGAGACAGGACCUAACAAGCUGGAAUCUUUCUGGUCUUCACAGAGCAGGAGGUCUUAGCCUGCUGAUUAGCCUGGGUCUCUCCUUAAGUCAGUGAAACGUACUUCAUGGAGCUUGGCUUUGGUUUUGUCUUCUGGCCCCCUUGCUUGAAGUAUCACUACUGUCAGCUCAGGGAAGUCUCUCUCUGCCUCUCAAUGCAAACUGGGACUUACUGAGCAAGAGAAUGUAUUUAUGACCUGACGGGACCACGCCUCAUUUUUGGAAGGUUAGUUAAGGUGAAGGGCUGCAGCCUGUAUCCGGACUUUCCUCAGCUCCUGCUGUUUAGAAAUCCACACUCUUUUUGCGAUGGUACAGAUAACCUGUGUCUGGGAUCUGUUGUAUGUAUCUUCAUAUCCAAUAGAAAUGCACAUAAACUA